GGGGGAGGUACUCUUGGGACACGCCCUAACGCAGAGCUGCUUCCUGUGUGACUCAUUCCGUUGUGUGGGUCACUCCUACUCUUCCCGCAUGCGUCGCGCCGCCAUGGACGCCACUGAAGCGGACGAGCGGCUGCUAGAGGACGAGCUCGAGGCGCAGUUGGCCGGGCAGCGCGCGACGCUGGCGGAAGUGGACGCGCUGCUGCUGGCGGAACCCUCUGCGGAGAUCGCGGAGGUGCGCGGAGAGCUUGCGGAAGCGGUGGCGGCGGGCGAGGCGAGUCUUCUGCAGCUGAAGCGGCAGCGGCUAUUGCGCCACGCGGACAGACUCGCGGAGGGGCUUUCGGAAGGGGCUGCGCGCGGCAGAGCAGGAGAGGCGCAAAGGGCGGAAGCGGCCAGCGCGGGCGGCGCAGAUGUAGGCGUAACGGGCGUAGGGGAAGGGCGCGCGGAAGGCGGAGGGGGAGAAGAGCCAAACGGGGUUGAAUGGGAGGAAGGAGGGAAGGGGGGCGAGUGUGGGGUGCGCGUGGGGCAGCAAUGUCUGUUCCGACAUGUGGACGGCAGGUGGUAUGCGGGGGAGGUGCUGUCGCUUCGAGGGGUAGAGGACGAUGGGGGGGAUGGUGAGGGUGGAGGGGAGAAAUCUGCUGGCAGUGGGGGAGGGGAGAGCAGGGGAGAGAGGGAGAGUGAGGGAGUGGGAGCAGGCGAGGGAGGGGCGAGUGGUGAGGUGGGCGGAGAGGAUAGGGUGGGCCUGGGGUAUGCAGGAGAGGAGAGGGUGGGCCUGGGGUAUGCAGGAGAGGAGAGGGUGGGCCUCGGGUAUGCAGCAGAAGCGGAUGAAGAUGGCCAGGGGAAGGUGGGGGAAGGGGAGGACAAGGGGAGAGGGUGGGAACAGCAGAAGAGGGGCAGGAGAAACAGCAGGAGGGGCGGGCGCCGAUUGGUGCGCGUGGCGUUUCUGUAUCCAACAACCCGCGCGCACCAGGUGCCUCUGCCGCUUCUUCCUCUCGCGUCGCUGCCACUUCAGCCAUCGCUGCCGCCACUCCCACGGGCUGCUCCUCCCCCUCGCCGCCCUCCGUGCCCUCCCCCCUCCCCCUGCCCACUCUCCCUCCCCACUGGCUCCUCCCUCCUCGCCUCAUCUCCACCUGCUCCUCACGCCCACCCCCUCACCCGUCUCUGGGAGCAAGCCGAGCUCCAAUCACACCACGCCACGUGUCCAGGAGCAGCAGCAGCACAGAAGCAGCAGGGCCCACAAUCACCUUCGUCAGCAGCCGUCCACCUGCCCACCUGCUCAUGCACCUGCACUGUCACGUCUGUCCGCAGUGGCUCCUCUGCCUCCCUCCCCCUCUCCUGCCUGCUCCCCCGCUCCUUCCUCCACUCCCUCCCCCAAGCCGCUGAGACCGCCCCUCCGCUGGUGGCAGAGUUGGUGGGGGAGGGGGAGAAAGGGGUUGAUGGCACAGGCAAUGACGGCAGCAGCAGUGGCAGCGGAAGCAGCAGCAGCGAGGAGAGCACAGAGGGGUACGAGUCAGACGACGAAAAGGAGGGUGCUGCUGCUGCUCAUGACGACGACGAUCCCUCCUCUGCCCACCCCUUUGCUGCCGCAGCCUCUCUCUCCGCCUCUCUGCGGCACGCGCAGGCAGCAGCAGCAGCGGGCCCGCAGAGGGAGACGGUGGCGUUUGCCGGGUGGGAGCAGCACACACGCGGCGUGGCGUCGCAGGUGAUGGCACGCAUGGGGUUCAAAGCCGGCAUGGGGCUCGGGAGGGACGGUGAGGGGAUCACCUCCCCUGUUGCCGUGCAGCCCGGGGGCGAGAGGAGAGGAGGGAAGGGGGGUAAGGUGGGGGGCGCAGGGCUAGGGGCGGAGGAAAGGGAGGGUAAGAGUGGCGGGGAGAAGGGGGGCGGGGGUGGUGGGGAGGAGGGAGGGAAGAAGAGGAAGAAGAGCAGGGGAGGGGAGAGGGCGAGGAAUCGGAAGAGAAUAGCGGCAGAGAGAGAGGCGGCAGCUGCAGCAGAGGCAGAGGAGGAGGGGGAUGGGAGGAGGGGCGAUGUGUUUGACUUCAUCAACGUGCAUCUAGGGGGGGGAGGGGAGAGGGCAGAGGGCGAGGGAAGUAGGGGAGUGACAAGUGGGGGAGGAAGUAGGAUGAGGGAGUCAGGCAGUGAGUCAGCGGGGGGCAGCCAGAGUGAGAGAGUGAGAGGAGCGGGAAGAGUGGUGUUGAACGGAGGAAAGAGACCUGGGUCAGGGAGAGUGGGAGGGGGCAAGAUACCAGUGGUGGUAGGAGGAGCAGCAGCAGUGGGGCGGGAGGGGGAGCGGCGGCAGUUGCUGCAGGUGGAGGAGCGCGUGCGGGAGGUGCAGGCGCGGGUGGGGCGGUACGAGGAGAUGGCGGCACGACAUGCCAAGGACAAGGUGACGCUGGCAGCAGUGCAGCACAAGCUGGCGGCCGCCCGGGAGGAGCUGAGGCGCGUGCAGGGGGGGCGAGACUCGGCGCACUCCAGCAUGGCCAAGCAGGAGGCGCUGCGCAAAUGGACCAAGUUCUAGAGCUGUGCCGUUGGGUCCGUUCGUGUUUUUGU